ACCAAACGGGUAUGGUUGCUAAUAAACGACAGCGUUUCGGUAACAGAAGCGAAGGAGAGAGGUGGGUUCAAAGUUUCCGUCUUUGGUGUCUCAUCAAUGACAAUGAGCCGCACUACUUCUCUCCUCUUCUUUGUUUUACCCAAAAACCUAUCAAUAAUAUUCUUCUUCUUCCUCUUCUCCAAUGGCGGCUACUAGGGUUCGGUGUUGUCAUAGCAAUGCACCUUUCACCAGAUUGCCUUAUACCCGCCACCGAAACUCGCCGACGCUACCGAUUUCUCUGAAUCGUGUCGAUUUCUCUGCGCUGAAGUGCUCGAGGAGAUUAUCAUUACCCAUUGGAGAUGGCUCCUCCAUUAGAAAUGUUUCAGGUUCAGGCUGCAGAAACAUUGUGCGAGCUAUCUUGGAAGAGAAGACAGAGGCAUUAACGGAGGUAGAUGAGAAGGGAUUCACGUGCGUGAUGAAGUUUGGUGGAUCUUCAGUGGCGUCAGCUGAGAGAAUGAAGGAAGUUGCGGAUUUGAUUUUGACUUUUCCGGAAGAAAGUCCCGUCAUUGUUCUCUCUGCAAUGGGGAAAACUACCAACAAUCUCUUGCUUGCGGGAGAGAAGGCGGUGAGUUGUGGUGUUUCUAAUGCAUCUGAGAUUGAGGAAUUGAGCAUUAUAAAGGAAUUGCAUAUCAGGACGGUGAAAGAGCUCAACAUUGAUCCCUCUGUUAUUUUGACCUAUUUGGAAGAACUGGAGCAACUCCUGAAAGGCAUUGCCAUGAUGAAGGAGCUGACACUUCGUACGAGAGACUACUUGGUCUCUUUUGGAGAGUGCUUGUCUACAAGGAUUUUCGCUGCUUAUCUUAAUACAAUCGGUGUCAAGGCACGCCAAUAUGACGCAUUUGAAAUUGGUUUCAUUACAACGGAUGAUUUCACAAAUGGGGAUAUCCUGGAGGCAACUUAUCCAGCCGUUGCCAAGAGAUUAUAUGAUGAUUGGAUGCAUGAUCCCGCUGUUCCUAUUGUAACAGGUUUCCUUGGGAAGGGUUGGAAAACAGGUGCGGUUACUACCUUGGGUAGGGGUGGCAGUGAUUUGACGGCAACCACAAUUGGUAAAGCAUUGGGUUUGAAAGAGAUUCAGGUGUGGAAAGAUGUCGAUGGUGUUUUAACAUGUGACCCUACUAUAUAUAAGCGAGCUACACCGGUACCAUUUCUGACAUUCGACGAAGCAGCCGAGCUAGCGUAUUUUGGUGCACAGGUCUUGCACCCACAGUCAAUGAGACCAGCAAGAGAGGGUGAGAUUCCUGUUAGGGUUAAAAAUUCUUAUAACCCUAAGGCUCCUGGAACUAUCAUCACUAAAACAAGAGACAUGACCAAGAGCAUUCUAACGAGCAUAGUUCUGAAACGCAAUGUGACCAUGCUGGAUAUAGCAAGCACCCGAAUGCUUGGUCAAGUUGGUUUUCUUGCAAAGGUAUUUUCGAUAUUUGAGGAGCUUGGCAUUUCCGUAGAUGUUGUUGCCACUAGUGAAGUCAGUAUAUCGCUGACACUGGACCCUUCAAAACUUUGGAGCAGGGAACUGAUUCAACAGGAGCUUGAUCAUGUAGUUGAAGAACUGGAGAAAAUUGCAGUUGUGAAUCUUCUAAAAGGAAGAGCAAUAAUUUCUCUAAUUGGGAAUGUUCAACAUUCCUCCCUGAUUUUAGAGAGGGCGUUUCAUGUUCUUUAUACCAAAGGUGUCAAUGUCCAGAUGAUAUCACAAGGAGCAUCCAAGGUAAACAUUUCCUUUAUAGUAAACGAAGCUGAAGCUGAAGGAUGCGUUCAGGCUCUUCACAAAUCCUUCUUUGAGAGCGGUGACCUCUCAGAGUUAUUGAUACAACCCAGACUUGGCAACGGGUCACCUAUCAGGAUGCAAGUAGAAAAUUGACUCGACAAGCUCAUUGCUUGAUCUGCGUUUUUCUUUGUAUUCCUUCCAAGUGUAGUAUGUACGUUCAUCAUGAACUGCUUGUUGUUAUGUUUAGGCACGGGAACUGCUGAGGCUAUCUUUUUUGUUGUAAGACCAAUUUUUUUGUACCAUUUGCGCGAUCAAAGUUUAACCAGUAACUCGCAAGGAUAAAGAAAAAGGAAUAUAUUGAUGUAACUGCA